AUGGCAGGACAACGAUGCAUGGCUCUUUCGACUGCGAUUCUCGUCGGCGAGGCCCGUUCCUGGCUACCUGAGAUUGUUGAGAGGGCGAAGAAGCUUGUCGUUAAUGCAGGAUGGAAGCCGGAAACUGAUAUCGGUCCCCUGAUUUCGAAGGCUGCAAAGGAUCGUGCAGUUAGCCUCAUUCAGAGCGCGAAGCAGGAAGGCGCUACUGUCCCACUUGAUGGAAGUAACAUCGUCGUUCCCGGCUUUGAAAACGGCUACUUUGUCGGAGCGACCGUCAUUGCAGGAGUCAAGCCACACAUGAAGUGCUACCAGGAAGAGAUUUUCGCACCGGUACUGGUUGUUAUGGAGGCCAACAACGUAGACGAGGCCCUCGAAAUCAUCAACAACAACCGUUAUGGCAACGGCGCAGUCAUCUUUACAUCGAACGGCGCUACUGCUAGGAAGUUCGUGAACGAAGUGGACAAUGGUCAGAUUGGUGUGAACGUACCUGUCCCUAUCCCCUUGCCCAUGUUCUCUUUCACGGGAUCACGUGGAUCAUUCAGGGGUGACCUGAACUACUACGGAAAAGCCGGUGUUCAUUUCUACACCCAGUGGAAGACCAUUACGCAACACUGGAACCAGAACCUGAUACGGUAA